GGCAUAUCGACACUCUCUGCCGGACUUUUCAUCUUCACUUCAUCUUCAUCUUCCCAGUUUUCAUGUGAAUUCUGGCAACUAUGGCCGACGAUCCAGUUCAACUCACUGAUGACAUUGGCUAUCCCGGGUAUCCCUAUCCGACACCCACCACCUCCGUAUCUCACGGCGCCGAUCUUCAUGUCUUCCGCGACUUUGUUUUUCACGCAUCAGCAACCCAGCAAAUAUGGCGCGGCUUCCUCAUCGGCUGCGGUCUGGGCCUCUUCGUCGCCCUCUUUUUCUGUUUCUGGGCCCCCUGCGUCCAGUAUGGUGCCUGCGGCGCGCUCUCCCGCUUCCUGUUUCCCCACCGAGGGGAUGCGCUCGAUCAGCAGCAGCGCGAAGCCGAUGAGCGUCAGCGUAUCGUGAGUGAGCUGCCGACCCCGGAGAAUGACCGGCCUCGGGGUCAGAGUUAUGAAGAGGAUCCCAUGGUGCGGGACCAGAGCGUGCAGCGGUCUAGAUUUGUGGAUCGGCAGACGUUGAUGCUUCUGAGUACGGGGAGGCUGUGACGGGUGGGCAUCGGAGCGACAGAAAAUUUGCGGUGGGAGGGGAGCUCAUGCAUCGAAAAGCUGAAUUCCCAUUGCAGCGGGACGAUCUCGGGGUACUCGCUCCCAGAGUCCCAGUUGCACAGAGUUCCCUCUCGACAAAAGUGGGUGGGCUCAUACGAAGGAUCUCCCGCUGAAAGGCUGGAAGAUUACGACUUAUAUCAUUCUGCGAAAGAGAUUGAUUUCAAUAGCCACAUCC